UCGUUCAUUAGCAUAGCUAACGCUAUUUAAACUAGCUGGCGAGCCCCCAAGGAGAUACUCUGUUGCAGGUAUCCCACCUCUCCCGGGAGUCUCCCGCAAAUUGAAAUGAGGUUUUGCAGGGUGGGAUGUCUGCAACCCCCUACUCCUCCAGAUAUUUAAUACCCUCUCCCUGAUACCAAUCUGUAUUCCUAUCUCUAAUGCCCUGUUACCCCGGCUCCCCGCCCACCUUCCUCGCCGUCGACCCGGGUCGCUCCGCCUCUCUCCCUGCCCACCGGAGACGAGCGGUCCUGGCGCCGGGUCCUUUGCCAGGUCGGUAGAAACGGGACCCUCCCUCCCGGCGGUGAAAGUGCCCCCGCUUGCUACGGAAGUGUCGCACUUCAGGAUCGGCGGCGAACAACGGCACGGACAGUCUCGCUUGUGGACUUGGGCCGUUCCGCUCUGUCUGGAUUUGAUCCGUUGUUGAAGGGAAGCAACUCCGUCCAAAGGUAGAUGCCCACUUCGACCCUUCCUAUGAGAGCCGGCUUCCGAGUAGAAGGCACAAUCCAGCAAUUAUUUAGCAUCUUCGAAGUCUGUAUUGGGGCGUUCGGAACCAUUGGACUAAAUAAACCAAACGUUUCGGUUUCGCAUUCAGUGAAAUUCUCAGCGUCGGGCUCUGCAGGAUGACAGCCAAGCUGUAUCUGCUUGUGUUUACCAGCCAGCUGCCUUUCCUGUUUCAUGCACUAUCAGAGUGUACCGACACAUCAGCAAGACAAACCGAUCACACUCCACACACAGAAAGAAAAGCUUUUAUAAGGGGAGAUGAGGCCCUCAGUUUUCUGGGACGGCGUCUCCUAUACAAUCAGUGGGACUUUGAGAUAUUCACCAAAGGAAAUCUUGAGAGAGAGUGUUACGAAGAAAUAUGUAACUUUGAAGAGGCGCGAGAGGUUUUUGAAGAUGACAAGAAAACACUUAACUUUUGGAAAGCAUACUCAACAAGUGGCCCUUACGCUAAGUCAGGAACUACAUCUGAUGUUACGACAAUCUUGACAGCUUUCUUUGGCACUGUGAUAUGUUUAAUUGCAUUGGGAUUGAUCCUGUGGUGUUGUUGCAAGCACAGAUCCAAACAUCGAAAUAGGACACGGAGGACUGAAGAAAACACAAUUUAUCUUGUGUCCACUCCUGGGACCACAAAGUCAUUUCUGCCAUCUUAUGAGCAAGCACUUAUGGCAACCGGACAACAUGAUGCUCCUCCUCCUCCCUACCAAGGGUCAUUUUCUGGUUCCUGAAAAUCCCAUCGCUACAGAAGAUGAAUGAACAAAUUAGUAUGGAUUUUUUUAAAUUGGCAUUAAUAGUGAACAUUUAUAUUAAGUGUAUUUUAAUAUAGACAUAAGCACUAUAAAAAUUAAAUUAAUUACUCUUUGUAUUUGAAUAUGUGAUAUUUGUAUACACCUAUGUGGAUGUAAAAUUCUCCAGAAAUGAUACAGAAAUGUUGGUUUAUUUUCAUAGUUUAACCUUUUUCAAACACUUUCUUACUCUAUUAUAUGAAGGAAUAACAUUUUAACUAAUGCGGACUUUAAAUCUGCAAACUAAUGUCUUUUUUGGCAGAAGUUUGUCUCAUUUCUUCCAAGCUGCAGGAUUUUCAGCUCCAGGGAUGAUUGGAAAAUUGAAAAUAUUUAUAUUGGGUUAGAAUUAAGUACAGCUGAAUACUUAAGCAUGUGUCUUCUGUAAUGUUUCUCAUGCAUCAAUAGUAAGUAUAUUUUCCUCACAAAAAUCGUCUACUAUUCCAUGUUAGUCUAGCAGCUCAGUCAGCCAAAUCAUUGUCAGACUCAAAAAAAAAUACUGUCUUCAGAAGCUGCUUCACACUAAAAAAUGUACUGACCCUGGAAUUUCAAGGCCUAAUUACCUAAUAGAUCAUUUUAUUAACUGUCUCUUUCAUUGAGUGUGGGUCUUCAAGUGUGGCUCUCAUAAUCAAAACUCAGAUCUGCAUUCUUCAUACCAGUCAGCUCUGAGCUUGCAGUUUCCAUUGUAAUUCAGAUGGUCUUUCCAGUGUUUCAGCCUGAAUUUGAAGCAAAUCCACUGCCAACACUGAGCUGAAACGUUAGCUGUUGACCACAUUCGGAAACUGCCCUAUCAUAUUGGCCAGUGUCCAGAACUUGUUACUUUCAUCCCAUGAAUACAAUGAGAUUAUGAUACCAAAUUUCAUCCCAAGAACGCAAUGAAAUUUCAUCCCAAGAAUUUAAUGAGAUUUCACCCCACGAAUGCAAUGAGAUUAUGAUACCAAAUUUCAUCCCAUGAAUUUAAUGAGAUUUUAUCCCAUGAGUUCAAUACUGUAUUAUGACACCAAAUGGAUUGGUUAUAGUUUUAAUAUUUUUGUCCCUUUAAUGUCAGAAUGUUAUAUUUGGUCUAAAGAAUGCCUUUGCUCUGGGCUUUGCCUUAUGUACCAAUUCAAGAUGACUGAUGAAGAUGAAUCACAGGUUUUGAUGAAGGAUUAUGGAGAAGGAUCUAGUCAUGAAAAAGAAUUUUUGAUAAUUAAGUUACACAAUAAGAAUACUAAAUUGACAUUGUAUUCUAUGCUUGGAUUGCUCCAUUUGCUGUGGAACACAUAAAUUUUAAAAGUGAGGGAAAGGUGUACAUUUCAAAUAUUUGGACCUCCAUAUCCAAGAACACUUAUUACCACCAUUGAUGGACAGGAGCAUAUUUGAAUUUGAGCAAGUUCAGAUGAUGGUUUAUCAACCCUGAAUUAGACCAACUUCUUUUAUUUCCUCUUUAAAGAAAUCUGUACCAUCUUAAUAUGAGAGCAACUCAACUGUACUGUAGGUUUUUUGGGAAACUAUUUAUCAAAUUCAUCCAUUCACAUAAUUGAGUACAGACCGGGAACAUUCCAGGCUCAUUCCAAGUAUGUAUAUCAUCUGUCAGGCUGGUGUUUCUGUCACUGUCUAUACUUUUGUGAUAUAAACAAGGGUUUAAAGUUCCAUCUCCUAAUUACAUUUUAGAGACUGCAACUAUAAGUUUCAUUUGAGUUGAUGAGAUGGCAUUGCAAAUGUACCAUCUAUUAGCACUGUUCAGAAAGUCUUGUUGCUGAAAAAUACCACUUGGAUAAACUCGUGAUAAUGGAACUUGAACUGUACCUUGAUAGACAGCACUUUCAGUAAAUGGGAUAAUUGGAGCAUAAAAUACCUGCCUUGUCACUUUUAGUAUUCUGAGUAUUAAUUGCUAAUGUUCUGACUAAUUGAACUUGAAAAUGUUGACUCAGGAAAUCAUUUUUCCGUACAAAGCAUGAAGGGAAAUAAAAUCACUUUAGUGAGUUACCUCAAGAUUUGGGUGCCUACAUUUAAGGAGAUUAGCAUGAAGGUGUGCAGGUCACAGUAUCUGAUUGGAAGAGAUGAAGUAUUUUACUUGAAGACCUCGCACCUCCCUAAUUAGGCCUGCUUACAUUUCUUUUCACACAUGAAUUACUCUGUGCAAAAUUCCAGCAAGGAUAUUCUGGUAAUUCUUUCAUGCCCUAUAGGGUUAUGAAUGUGAAUAACAUACAUAGUCUCUGUGUAGUCAUGCUUUUUGUGUGCUGUAAGUCCUUAAUUAUUGUGAAAUACAGGCAGCUUUACUUAACUAUGAUUAUAAUGUUAUUUUACUGAAUUUGCCAAGUUUAUUUUGGAGUUUGUCAUCAAUUGCAAUUGACAUUUAGAUUUUGUUUAAGACAUCAGAAAUUUUGAGGCAAAUCACUCUCCCUCUGGAACUGCUGACACCAGAACUUUCCAAAUUUCUCUUCCCUUUAACAAAAAUUAAUGUUCACCUUACAGAAAUUAAACAUUUUUCCUAUUUUGCUUCAGUUUCUUGUUCCUCUGUUUCAUAUAAUCUCUGACGAGUUUGGCUUUAUUAUUCAGGAAGUCAGCUUCCAGAGUUUUGCCUUCAAUUAAUCAACAUUUGAGAUUCUAAACAUGGACUGCUUCAGCAAUCUGUGUCUCCACUUUCUGUUUAAUUCAAUGGCUUAUAUAUUUGCACCAGUAGGUCGAUAACUAUUUCUAAAAUGUUUUGAUUCUAAAUAAAACCAUGUUUGUC